GGUCAGGAGGCGUUCCCGCCACUGGCCGAGUCGCCCUGGAGUGGAGCGGCUGGCUUCCACUCGCCAAUUCUGGAAGCUUCUUGGGCUCCACUAGGGUAGCAGCCACAGCCUUCCUAGUCGCUGCUUUCAGGUCCCUGCCGAGGGGAGCCGCCGCCGCCAUGUUUGGCUGCUUGGUGGCGGGGAGGCUGCGCAGGAGCCUAAACUCAGCGGGCGGUGUAAACGCUCGCCGAACGCACGACGCGAGUCACGAGUAAAUGCGGGAUUUUAAUCUGGUCUCUAGCACACUGUCAAAGAUGAGCCGCUCGGGCACCUUUGUGAGGAUCCUGGUACACAUACGCUUAAUGGCAUUGAAGUUGGCGGAUAAAAUCACUGAAAUUUAGGUGCAAACAGCUGCACAGCAAGUGGCAGAGGAUAAAUUUGUUUUUGACUUGCCUGAUUAUGAAAAUAUCAACCAUGUUGUGGUUUUUAUGCUGGGAACUGUCCCGUUUCCCGAGGGAAUGGGAGGAUCUGUCUACUUUUCCUAUCCUGAUUCAAAUGGAAUGCCAGUAUGGCAACUCCUAGGAUUUGUCACAAAUGGAAAGCCAAGUGCUAUCUUCAAAAUUUCAGGGCUUAAAUCUGGGGAAGGAAGCCAACACCCUUUUGGAGCUAUGAAUAUUGUCCGGACUCCAUCUGUCGCUCAGAUUGGAAUUUCAGUGGAAUUAUUGGACAGUCUGGCUCAGCAGACCCCUGUAGGCAGUGCUGCCGUGUCUUCAGUGGAUUCGUUCACUCAGUUCACACAAAAGAUGUUGGACAACUUCUACAACUUUGCCUCAUCCUUUGCCGUCUCUCAGGCCCAGAUGACACCAAGCCCAUCUGAAAUGUUCAUUCCAGCAAAUGUGGUUCUGAAGUGGUAUGAAAAUUUUCAAAGACGACUAGCACAGAACCCUCUCUUUUGGAAAACAUAAUUUGAAUAAAAUAAUUUUUAAUGU